AUGUGGGCACAUGAUAGGUGACGGUCUGUAAUGGUAUGACGUUGAUUGUGUAUAUGUAUUUUUGCAGUGUUUUUUUUUUUUUUAGUUUAGCUUGAUAGAAUAACUCUAAUUUUAUUUAGAACUGUAGUUAUUUAGUACUUUUGGUGUUAUUCAAAAAAGGUAGCGCAAGAGUGGGAAGAGAAGACAAUUUUUAUAAGAAAAUGAUUCACAGCCUAUUUGUAAUAAACUCCUCUGGGGAUGUUUUUAUGGAAAAACAUUGGAAAAGUGUCAUCCACAGGUCUGUUUGUGAUUAUUUUUUUGAUGCCCAGAGGAAAGUAUCUUCUCCAGAAGACAUUCCACCUGUUAUAGCAACACCUCAUCAUUACUUGAUCAGUAUAUAUCGUUCUCAGCUGUUCUUUGUGGCUAUAACUCAGUCAGAAGCUCCUCCCCUAUUUGUUAUUGAGUUCCUUCACCGUGUAGUGGAUAUUAUUGAAGAUUAUUUUGGUGACUGCACAGAGUUUCUGAUCAAGGAGCAUUAUGUUGUGGUUUAUGAGCUUCUUGAUGAAAUGCUGGACAAUGGAUUUCCAUUAGCCACUGAGUCCAAUAUUCUGAAAGAGCUCAUUAAACCUCCAAAUAUUUUGAGGACUAUUGCUAACACUGUGACAGGAAAAUCUAAUCUUAGCCAUACACUUCCAACGGGUCAACUCUCCAACAUCCCAUGGAGGAGAACAGGAGUGAAGUAUACAAACAAUGAGGCAUACUUCGAUGUUAUAGAAGAGGUGGAUGCCAUUAUUGACAAAAGUGGUUCAGUUGUAUUUGCAGAGAUCCAAGGCUACAUUGAUUGCUGUAUCAAAUUAAGUGGCAUGCCAGAUCUUAGCUUGACAUUUAUAAACCCACGGCUUUUUGAUGAUGUCAGUUUCCAUCCUUGUGUCCGUUUCAGAAGAUGGGAAUCUGAACGAAUUCUGUCAUUUGUUCCACCUGAUGGUAACUUUAGACUGAUGUCAUAUCACAUUGGAGCCCAAAAUGUUGUGGCCAUACCUCUGUAUGUGAAACACAGCAUUUCCUUCAAAGAAACUGGAGGAGGAAGAUUGGAUAUUACUAUUGGACCAAAGCAAACAAUGGGGAAGAUGGUGGAGAAUGUUGUAGUUGAAAUUCCAAUGCCGAAGACUGUUCUUAAUGUGACAUUGACUCCCACUCAAGGAAAAUACACAUUUGAUCCUGUUAGUAAAAAUAUGGUGUGGGAAAUAGGCCGUAUUGAAGCUGGAAAACUUCCUAACAUUCGGGGACAUAUCAGUGUGCAGACAGGGUCCUCGGGUCCGGAAGCAAACCCAAUCAUAUCCAUACAGUUCACUAUCAGUCAGCUUGCAGUAUCAGGGUUAAAGGUCAACCGACUAGACAUGUAUGGGGAGAAAUACAAACCUUUCAAAGGAGUGAAGUAUCUUACUAAGAAUGGAAGAUUCCAAGUGAGGACAUGAGAAUACAGUGUAUCUGUUAUCAUCAGAAAACUUCAGUGUGGACUUAUUACAAACUGUCAUAUAAAACUCAAAAUUUAAAACGUUUUUUUUCUUCAUAUUUCUGAGUCUUCAGUAAGUGUAUUUGUUUUAUUCAACAAAACAGUAAAAUAAUGAAAUAAUUUUUUUCCCCUU